AUGUCAGAGCGUCUGGAGAAGAGUGUGAGCAGCAGUGACACGUGUGAGGGCUCACAGGAUGAAGGUAGGAUGAUGAAGAGGAGAGAGAAGAACAGAGUAGCAGCUCAGAGGAGCCGCAAGAGACAAACACAGAGGGCUGACCUGCUGCAUCAGGCUUGUGAACUGCUGGAGCAGAGGAACCAAAAGCUGAGGAGAGAGGUCGACUCUUUGACUGAAGAACAUCAUCUUCUCACCAAGGCUUUAAAAGCACAUGAGCCUUUCUGUCCCAGCAUGCACUGCUUCUCCUCCUCCUCCUCUUCAUGCAGCCUGCAGCCUGACAACAGCGCCCCCUGCUGCGUCUGAGCAGAACAACACUCACACAUGCACCACCAGAGGACGCUGUUCAGCAUGGCAUGGAAUACAGAGGCAACACUCACAGUUGUAGUGAACACUGCCCUCCAGUGGCCUUUUCCCCUCGUUACAGAUUUACUUUUAUUUAUCUUGAGAAAUAUUUCUUUAUUUCUGUCUAUUUCCUGUAACAUUUGUAACAACAAAAUAAACAUAUUUUCACA